AAAUAUUUAGACAAUAGAUAAAUGGGAGCUGGUUGCUGUCAUAAGAAUAGUAUUCAUAUAAAAUACAAAGAGACCACUAGAAAAGAGAUUAUACUAUCUCCACAAAAGCCGUACCCAAAACCAUGUGAGAGUGUGGAGUAUCAAGAGUUAGUGAAAAUAUUUGCAUAUAACUGAAUCAAGAAUAGAGGACACCUUGAUAUCAAUCAAAAAUCGUUCUUAUUAGUUUGGAAUCCUUCCUAUGCCAUUCUCUGAAUGCUUGAUACUAUAUUUGAUUAUCUUGAUAUUGAUGACCUUCAGAAAAUGACUCGAGUAAGUAAGCUCUUUUGAUUCACUGCAACUUUGGAGCGGAACUAUGAAAAAUUUGAGCAAGCUGUUGAAGCCCCGAUAAAGAUUACAAAAGAAGAUGAAGAAAUCGAUAAAAUGGUGACAGAGUGAUUAAAUGGGCUUGCGAGGCAGAGAGCACAUAGUCUCCCCAAUUCAUCGAUGCAAGAUUCGUACGCCAAUCCUGAACUAAAACCUAAAAAUAAGGUGAAAAAGGUCUCAAUUUUUAAGGGAACUUCUCAAAAGAAUAAGUUUUUACUAGAUACUAUCCUUGAAGGCUCUGAAUAUGCAUCCUCACAAGGAGAUGAAUGGAAUGUGGAAGAUACAAGAACAUUAGAGAAUGCUUUAAACCAGACUAAUAUUCCCAAUACUAGAAAUAACAAGCCUAGCCAAAAGUUGUCAUCUAAUACAAUUGGGUCCCACUGCAUAGGCAUGGGAUCUUUUAAUGACACUUAUGGAUCAAGACUCUCAAUUGUUUCGAGAGAAAUCAAUUGUAAAUCUCCGAUUCCUCAAUGAGGAAGGAAGUCACCCUUAAUCGCAAAUGGUGGAGAGAUAGUCCAUACUCUAAACAGUUUAUCUAAAAAAAGACAGACAAUUACAAGUUACCUUGAAAAGGACAGGAAACAGUUGGUAAAUGCUCUGACCAACUCUGCUCUUUCAAUUAGUGCCAGCCCUGAUUGUGAUAAUGGAAAUAAGACUAGGCUGAAAAGGACCAAGACAGUUACAUCAAAUUAUCAGGAUGCAUACAACACUACUCAAAACAACUUGGUUAAGAUAGGAUACCAGGAAAUAGCUAAGGGUUUUGGCAAUGGAAAAAGUCAGUUUAACCCUGUAUUCAUUGAGAAGAUACACUCUGAUAGAAGACUCACUGUGAACCCUGGCAAGAAGAUGGACAAAAGCCUAAUCAAAAUAGUACCAAGAAUAGCAAAUGCCUUCCAGGAAGGAGAGUUCUUUAGUAUUAAGGAAUCAGAACACGAGUCAGUUGAUUAUAACAUGUCGGUGGACAAUGAAGCCAAAUGGAUCUAACCCAAUAAUUUCG